AUGGAUUCCACAAUCAUCCUUCUUUGGGUGUUUACCUGGGUGACGAUCGGCUUGAUAGCCUUUCGGUUGCUCCUGCGGAAAAUCAAAGGCCUCAAUUUCGUUUGGGGUGAUUAUUUCUCAAUGGCAGCCAUUCUCUGUGCGCUCAUUCGUCUCGCUCUGGUCCAUGUUGUUCUCCUCUGGGGAACCAACAACAUGCCUGCCGCGCUCAGGCAAACGAUGAAAUUCACCGCUGCGGAAAUCCAUCGUAGAGAGACCGCGAGUAAGUUUGUGCUUGCCAAUCGAGUGUUUUAUAAUUCCUAUCUUUGGUUACAGAAGCUGGUCCUGCUUGAUACCUACCGCAGGUUACUCAAGAAUCUUCGAUGGGAGAAGGCGACAAUGAUAUCGUAUACAUCUAUCUUCGCGGCAACAUACGUGGCCGUGCAGGUUGUGACUUUCACGGAGUGCGAUCCAUUCAACCAUUACUGGAUCGUAUUGCCGGAUCCAGGCAUCUGCUGCCAGGCACAGCUACAAUUGAUUGUUCUCGGUGUUCUCAAUAUCAUCACAGAUGUAAUGCUGAUCGCGUUGCCGAUCCCCAUCCUAGUUUUGGUCAAACGAUCCACCGCAGAAAAACUUCAGCUAGCGGCCCUCUUUGCCGUUGGACUCUUCAUAGUUGCAAUCACUAUUGCAAGGCUGCCACAAAACACCAAGAAUCCCACUGCACAAGUGAACAGAACGACAUGGGCAUCUAUUGAAGAACUUGCUGCCGCUAUUGUCGCAAACGCUCCUGUUGUCUACGGACUCCUGAAGGGACGGAUACAAAGGUCCAGAGAUGCCGCCUCAGCAAGCGGCUCGACCCAGCCAUCGUGGCAGCGAACCCAAAGGAAGCCUCAUGAUGAGCCUAUUGAGCUGCAAAGGAAUCAUCCAAGUAAGAGGGGGUCUAAUUUGGGCUCAAAGCUCUCAACCAGGAACUAUCGGGAGAUUGAUAACGCGAGUAGUCGGACGUUGUCUCGGGGUCAGGAAAAUUAA